GCGUGCCCGGUCCUUCCCAAGAUAGACCUUACAGCAAAGAGUAUUGUAGAACAGGAAUCAUCAUUGUUGUCUUUAGCAACCACAUCUAGCGGCUACGUCUCUCAUGAGAGUCAACCUCAAGAUCACCAGGGUGAUAAUGACUAUCAUCAACAUUUCUCAAACUGUUACGGUGAAGAAGAGCUUCUAGUGACUCAACAGAGGAUAAAGUAUCUGAAAGAGAAAUUAGAUGGAGAAGGGGAGCUUAUCCAUGAGCUGAUGGACUCUAUGAACGAGAUAAGGAAAAUAUCAGAAACUCCAACUAAAGUGGAAAUAGUUCGCCCGAGAAAAGAGUGCAUGCCAGAAAAGGACCUGAUGAACUACCUUCACAAGCUUCACGCAUCAAAUGUACCUGAUCACAGGAGAGAUUUGUUGGAAGAAAUGCACAGUAACCACAACUUAUCCUGCAAACAGCUCAGUAUAAUACUGUCUCAACUGCGGUACCUAGCCGAGAAAGACCAGACAGUUCGCCUCUUCUGUCCUCACAUCCUAGAUCCGGAGAAUUUGCCAGAUCUUGUACAGUCUUUGGAGGAUGACUCAUUCCAAGACAAAACAAUCAUCACAUCCAUCGUCAACUGUAUUGCGGAUUCUCUGUAAUCGUCAGCAUAUUUAUAUCAUCAUCACCUGAUCAUAUGAUGAUUUCCACUUUCAUUCCCACUAGGACAGCUAUUUGUGAUGUACACGUGUUUUAAUGAUUCAGCUGAGACAGUUUGCUUUAAUUA